UUCAAUAGACAUGUUAAAUAGUCUAAAGCUAUAUGGAAAUAAAGGUUUAAUUAGUCAUAAGUCUUUAAAACAAGAAGAAUAUACUUUGGACCAUUUUGAAAAGUGUUUAAAAGUUGCUAUUUUAAAAGACGAUUGUGCUGCCAUAGGUCUGUUAAUGCUUAACAAACCUUGUAAUGUUGAGGAAAUUUUAAAUUAUGCUCUUCAAAUAAAGUGCAGUUUUAAAGGUACUCUUUUAUUGCUCUUAUGUUAUGCUGUUGAAAAGCACUACAAUGGUAUAAUAAAAUUAAUUUGUAAGAAGAAAUAUUUGGAAAAAACUGAGUUGGACAAAAAUCAAUAUUUAAAAUAUGAUAUACAAAUUUCAACUGAUUUAUUGUUUCGGUUAAGAUCUUUUGUGGUUGAAAUUAAAGAUUAUUUUGUGUACCCAGUAAAGAUUGGGUGUAGACCUUCUGUGAAAAAUUAUGAUGGUGUUAAAGUUAUAUUAUCUAACAUUUUUUGUGACAAAAAAAAACUUGUGGCUGAUUGGAAAGAACUUUCAUUACCUUGUUUUUAUGAAGGUUGGCAAAAAGAAUGCAUGAAAGAAAUGUAUAAAAAUGUAAUACUUUCCUCUAACUGCAUUGAAAGUAUAGUACCAAGUAAUAUUACCAUAUAUCUUAGAAAUGUUGAAAAGUUGAAUCUUAGUUCAAAUAACUUGAAAAAUGUUCCCCCAGAACUGUUUAAGCUUCCAAAGUUACGUAAUUUAAACUUAUCAUCUAAUGAGUUGGUUUAUCUCCCUAAUGUUAAGGAAUGGUCACCAUACCUUACAACAUUAUCUCUUGAAAAUAAUUUAUUGAAGAGUUUUCCAUCAAAUGCUGAUCAAGUUCCAAUAAAAAAUCUUUAUAUUUCACAUAAUAAAUUCAAUUGUAUACCUCCAGGUAUAUGUAACCUGAUGCAUCUAGAAACAUUGCAUAUUAAUGGCAAUGUUAACAUCCAUGUUUUACCUUUGCAAAUGGGAAAGUUGUCCAAUCUUACCAAUCUUAAUAUUACAGGAUUAAAGAUUUAUAGUCCUUCGGCUAUAAAGAAUUUAAACAGUACACAAGAAAUAAUGUGUUACUUAAAAGCAUUAAUGAGAUCUGCAGAGCCGUACUACACAAUGAAAUUAAUGAUUAUUGGUUUUGCAAAGCAAGGAAAAACAACUCUUCUUAAAAGGCUUCAAGAUAAUACAAGUUAUAAUGAAAACCAACGAACAGAAGGUAUUGAUAUUCAAGAUGUCUCAAUUGGGUUUGGUCUCAAAAAAACUUUUAUUUUUCGAGUAUGGGAUUUUGCAGGACAAGAAGAAUAUUUUGCAACCCAUCAAUGCUUUUUAUCUUCUUGUUCUUUAUACUUAUUGGUUUGGGAUGCAACUAAAAAGAGCAAGUGCAUGCAAUUUCUUAAACCAUGGUUUGAGAACUUAAUAGCGCGUAUUAAAGUAUUUUAUGUCAUUAUUGUUGUUACAAAACUUGACCUUAUUAAUGAAAACGUUAAUAAUGCUUGUGAAAAAAUAAUGAAUGAGAUUGAAGAAAUUUUUGAAAAAGUUCCUGCUAUUAAAAAUAUGAGAGCCAAAGAUAAAUAUUUUUCUAGUAGAGUAAAAGUAUCAUUUGUUUCUUUAAAUCCAAAGUUUCCAAACUACAAUAAAGGGAUUAAUGCACUUAAAGAGCAGAUUUACCAUAUGGCAGAAUGUAUGACAUUUGAUGGAAAACCAGGCAGUAAUAAAAUAAUGGGCAUGCUGGUUCCACAGAGUUAUCAGAAAUUGGAGGCAGAGAUCAUUAAAAUAAGAAUCAUGAAAGAAUUAAAUGGAGAAAUUCCAAUUAUUAGUCGAACUGAGUUUAUAAUGUUAGGCAAAUCAUUAAAAUGUAAUGCUGAUAAGUUUCAAGAUGAUGAUCUUCAGGCAUCUGUUAAAGUUUUGUUAGACACAGGUACUAUUCUUUAUUUUGAUGGUGCAAAUGAAGGUUUGAACGAUAUUAUUUUCAUCAGUCCAUCAUGGGUUUGUAAAUUAAUGGCAAAAUUUAUUUCUAUAGAUUAUGUUAAUGCUCAUAUUAAAAAUGGUAUCAUAGAAAGAAAAAAUGUUCAGUUGGUUUUAGGAAAAGAUUGGGGUAGCGAGAAUCAAGACACAAUAAAAAAGUAUUUAAGGUUACUAUGGCGUUUCCAGAUUGCUUGUGAAAUUGAUGAGCAUAGAGUUCUUGUUCCACCAAAACUUCCUGUUUUUGCUCCAAUAUCUGCAAUCAAAUUAAGCAGUUUGCUCACUCGAUACUACUUUUUUAAUUAUGUACCAUAUGGUUUUUGGACUCGAUUUAUUACUCGUUUUUUGUUGAUAAUGAAAGAAAUGUUAUCAAAUCCAAAAAUUGAAAUAAUUUCCAGAGCUUCUCUUGUAGAUAGUUUACAGAAAAAUAAUUUUAAUUUGUUUUCAUUUUACAAAGGUGAAAAACCUUCAAGCCUAAAUGUCACACACACUUUAAAUAUCAAAUCUCCAGAAAAUAAUUUUUGUUUAAAUCAAACUCACACAGGUUUGAAACUAUCUGAAUCAAAAGGUUUUUCUGUUAACAGUUGGUUUAUACAGUUUUUUGAAAGAAAUUUUUCUAACAACUCUGACAUGCAAAAUGACUCAAAAUUUAGCAAUUCACAUUUACAAUUCACAAACAAAUUAGAACAAUUCAAAAAUAAAAAUUUACAGUCAGAAUGUUCACGUAAUAGUGCAACAUCAGCUGAGGCAGCUGAAGUAACUGAGAUUAGUUUUGUAUGCUCUGAUGAUCAAGAUAGACAUGAUGAUUUUUGCAGUUGUUGUAAUGAUUUAUCAUAUGAUGAUAAUUGUAUUGCUGUUAGUACAAGCAACGAUGUGGCAAACUGCAUGACACAUAAUUGUGUAAGCAAUAUUAAAACUGACUGUAAAAAAAAAACAUGUUUUGAAAAAAUCAUUCACAAAUCUGAUGUUAAUAUAACAUCUAAAUUGACUUUCACUGAUUCAAGUUCAAAUAAUAGCACUCAAAGAUUUAAUGAACUUAAGAAAGAUAAUAUUUCAAAGCUGUCUUUUACUGAAAAUGACUGUUAUAUGCAAUGGAUAGAUGAAAAUUUUGGUAUUGGUUCUUUAGGCUCUACAACAGAAUUUAUUUCAAAACAAGACCAUGAAAAAAAACAAUCAGAAGAAGACAAUGAAACCAAUUCCCAACUUAUUAAUGAGCUUUCAAAUAAUGAUGAAGCAUAUGAAGAAUAUUUCAACGAUUGCAAUGAACUCGCUUAUCUUUUGGACAAAGGCUAUUUAAGUUGCUGGAAUAAAGGUAUUAUAUUUAACCAUCCGCAAUUGUAUUUUUCCAUACAACAGUUAAUUGUUUCGGUAAAACCAGAUCAAGAAACAAUUGAAAUACAUGUAACUAAAUCGCCUCUAGGCUAUCGUGUUCUCAGCUAUAUUGUUGAUCAUAUAAGAACACUUUUGGAAGAGUGGUAUGAGGGUUUAUCAUAUUCAGAUACUGUUGUUUCUUCUCUGGCAUGUCCUGUUUGUACAAGUUUGAAUGUAAAACCUUAUCUAAUAAACAUCAGUACUGCUUUUGAAAAAAUGUAUAGAUGUUCACAAGAAAAUGCUUUAAAUGUAACAUGUGAAAAUAACCAUGUACCAAAAAUUGUAAACAUAGAAGAAUUUUGUCCAGAUCUUACAUUUCAAGAUUUACCAAAAACAAUGAAAUUUACUCCUAACGAUUUUCAAUGUGAACAAAAUGAAAAAUACAAACUGGGAGAAGGACAGUUUGGAAAAGUAUAUAGUGGUUUAUGUAAAAACAAAAUUAAUUCUGCAAUAAAGUUUUAUAAAUUCAAGAUGAACAACAAAGAUGAAAUUUCAUCAUCAUUGAAUCAGUUUUACAAAAUUCGACAAGAAAUUGUAAUGCUCAGUAAAUUGCGUCAUCAUCCAUACAUAAUUCAAUUUUUAGGUUUCUCACUGAAACCAGAAUUAUGUGUUGUGAUGGAACGGGCUAGUCAUGGUGCUUUAUCAUCUGUCAUUUAUAAAAAAUCUGAAAUUAUUCCUAGAAUUGUUAAGUUUCGAAUUUGUCAGCAAUUAGCAAGUGCUGUAGCUUUUAUGCAUAAAAAAUAUAUUAUUCAUCGCGAUAUAAAAUCAGAUAAUGUUUUAUUAUUCUCGCUAAAUCAUAAUGCAAAAAUCAAUAUUAAGUUAACUGACUUUGGUACAGCGAACUUCAUGAGUCCAAGUGGUAUGAAAACGUUUUUUGGCACCAAGGGGUACACUGCUCCAGAAAUGAUUUUGUACCAAUCAUCUUUAGAUGAAUAUAAUUCAAGUGUUGAUAUAUACUCAUUUGGAAUUUUUCUUUACGAGUUAAUUGCAUAUCGAAGGCCAUUCCAUGAUGUUGUAGAAGUAUAUGAAAUAGAUCACAAUGUCAAAAAGGGAUUUCGACCAAAGUUUUAUGACAUUCUUGAUGCAUUUUAUGGAUUACUUCAUUUGACAAAGUUGAUGGUGUCGAUGUGGCAUCAAGAGCCUUCCAAAAGACCUCCUGCUAAAGAUAUUUUAAAUUUGUUACUGUCUCCAACAUUUCAAUUAGUUUUUGGGCUGAAAAUGUUGUCUUCUACACAUAACCCUUGUGAUUUGUGUUAUGUUAAAAAGUAUAACCAAAUUUGGAUAGCAUGUGAUGACAAGGAAGGCCAAUUUGUUAUUGUAAUCGACAUGGAAAAUUUUAGGUUUGUCCGAAAAUUCAAAAUUGAUACUACAGAGUUAAGUCAACAAAAUUUUAACAUGUCAUCUAUAACCACUAUAAGUGAUAAAUAUGUUUGCGUUGUGUUACGAAGCUUUGAUGACGUAAUAAUAAUUUAUAAAGCAAAAAAGUACAGUGUUUUUAGAAUCUACACAAUGGAGGAUUCUCAUAUUCUAUCUAUUUCUGCGAAUCGUGAAUGGGUUUGUCUUGGAUUUCUAAAUGGUCGCUGUUCCAAAGUUACCUUAAAAAAUUUUUUGAAUGGGAAUAUGUUAAAAAAUCUUUACGAUUUUCAAAUAAGUGCGUUAUGCUUUCCAGUAACUUCAUUGGUGUUUUUGCUUGAAACGGUUGUUUGGUCGGUCGGGCGUUCUAUUGCUUAUUGUUAUUUGAAAAAGGAAGAAGAAGGAAUGAAGCCAUGUCAUAUGGAAAAAAAAGUUCAAGAAAUAGUUCACUCGUUCGACAAAAAAAUGUUUUUUAUCUCUUUUCAAAACAGUCCUGAAAUUUAUCUUCAUAGUGCGGAAACUAAAGAAAUCUUACAUACAUUCAGCUGUCGCAAUGAUAUACUCUCAUGUUCACCAGGAGCUCUUAACGUCGACCUCAGGGUGACGUGUAUGUGUUCAGUUAUUAACAUGCUGUGGGUUGGUACUGGAAGUGGACACAUUCUUAUUUAUGAGGUUCAAAAAAAAGUGUAUAAGAUAAUACUUUUGCUAACACUUCAUCCGUACGCAAAGGAAUUAAGAAAACUUGUGCUUAUUCCGACAGAACGUCACGGUGACGUAAAGUAUCUUAUUGUUAGUACCGGAAAAGAGUUAAAUAAAAAUGCUUUCGGAAUGAACACGUUUUUCUGUUUUAACGGUGAUAUACCGAAGGAUGAAACGGCGAUCAAUGAAAAGCUUUAUGAACCCGAGAAUACUGGUGAAAGCAAUGGUAAAGUAAUUUUGGUUUGGCAUGUUUUGCCGACACAUCAAUAUAAAAAUUUAGUAUUAAUCUAAUUCUAUUUAGUUAUCAAAAAAAAGCAAAGUGGAUUCUAUUUAUAUAUAAUUUUUUUUUU